CUGAGCUGCAGAUGGAUGGAUCACAAGUUCAGACAGCACAGCGCAAGCUCGUUGGUUCUGAUAGACAUGAUGGUGAAUAAUUCCACUAAUGGCACCGAGGAUGCUGCAGAGGAGAACACUGUUGCCUUCCCUGAUCAUCUGUACAACCAGGCGUCCAAAGCAUCAGCUGAGGAUAAACUUGCCUUUGCAGUUCAGGUUCUGAAGGAGGUGUGUGUCCUGUUUGAGGAGGAUUCCAGCUCUUCAUCAUGGGAGGAAAGCACAGUGGAGAACUUUCUCAAUGUUGUAAACAAACAAGCUGAUGAACUUCAGUCCUGUAUUGGAAGUCAUGGACACAAGAAGAAGAACACAAAGCUGCACAUGUACUUCAAGAGACUGUCAAACCACAUCCUCAAGAAGAUGGGCCACAGUGCUGAAGCGUGGGAGCUGAUCAGGAGGGAAACCAAAGACCAUCUGAUGAGAGCAGACAUGCUGGUUUCAUCUUUACUCACCUCCAACUAAAACCUGUCUUUUAUCUGUCUGAUAACAGACUGCUGUCUUCACAUGAAGGAUGCCUUAG